AUCUCUUCCACCAGCUUAACCACCGAACAGUUCGUACAGCUCAGGAUAUUCUCUUGUGUUCGCCAUGGCGGCACGGAAACUUCAAACCGAAAUCGACCGCACCUUGAAAAAGGUUGCCGAAGGUGUCGACCUCUUCGAGAGUAUAUAUGAAAAGAUGCAGUCUUCGACUAACCAAACGCAGAAGGAGAAGCUCGAAAUGGAUCUCAAGACACAGAUCAAGAAAUUACAGCGACUACGGGACCAGAUCAAGACGUGGGUGGCCAGCAAUGACAUUAAGGACAAGUCACAGCUGUUAGACAACCGGAAGUUGAUCGAAACGCAAAUGGAGAAGUUCAAAGCCUGCGAGAAAGAAAUGAAGACGAAAGCGUUUUCUACAAUCGGUCUCAUACAAGCCGCGAAACUGGAUCCCAAAGAGCAGGAGAAAGAAGAAGAGACCUUAUGGCUGCAAAGCAAAGUUGAAGAGCUUCAGAUGCAAAUCGAGCAGGCGGAGGCAGAGAUCGAGGCUCUACAAGGCACGGGUAAAAAGAGAGGGAAGGCGUCGUCGACAGCUGGUCGCUUGGAGGACCUCGAGCAUCUGAAUGAGCGACGGAAAUGGCACGUCAGCCGGCUGGAGCUUGUUUUACGGCUCCUGCAGAACGGUUCCUUGACAACAGAGAAAGUCACAGGGCUUCAUGAGGAUGUGUCAUAUUUUGUGGAGAGCAAUACGGAAGAAGACUUCGACGAAGAUGAGGGUAUAUACGACGACCUCAAUCUGGAUGAGGAAGAAGAGAAAUUCGGUCUGCCUGCAGGUGAUGAUGAUGACAGUGACGAAUCAGAUGGACACAGCGAAGUCGACCUACCACCAAGAACGCCGAAGAAACAUGACGAGGAAAGUGUUGCCAGCAGCAAACAACACGAAAGUCCAAUAUUAAAGAAGUCGACACUACAGCUACGGAAACAUUCUGUGGAUAUAGCGAAGCCCUCACCCCCAAAUCCGAAUUUUGCUCAGCAGCCUAUGUCCAGCAUAGUGAAGGCGGGCUUGCCUACACCUCGGUCGGUAGCUACACUGCCGCCAAUACGGUAUGCAACUGCUGCUGCUGCUGCAGUAGCGCCGCCGGCGCCGGCUUCAGCGACUACAAUAGUGUCACCUCCAACGUCAAAUGCCCCUCCGUUGUCGGCCGUUCCUCCAAUAUCAUAUCAAUCAGAACAAGCUACUCUAUCGUCGCCAAGCUUGACGCAUCCAUCUGUAACGAGCCCUAUGCUAUCAUCUGCUGCUUCCCAACAGCCCGAUGGUUCGUUCUAUUCCAGUCAGGAAUCACCGGUGGUGUCAGAAGCCGUACCAAGUUCACUUGACGGCCCUGCAGCGACGUCUUCGCCCCAAAGGAUGUUGGCAACACGAAUAGAUUCGGUGUCUGAACUCAAGGUGGCUGCCCAGUCACCCAGCGCAUCGCAUGUGCUAGCCAUCUCAUCUGAUCAGACCGCCAACGGUUCAGCGCAGACGCAACCACAACCCUCGCCCCUGCCGCAGCAGGUGCAGCAAGCAGCAGGUCCCUCAACGUCUGGCUCGUCACCUUUGCCUUCACAAGCGCAAGUACCGCAGUUCCCUCCUGGCGUCAAAGUACCAGCAGAGACAAUCUCUGUGCAACAGCAACACAGGCCAUCGGCCGCUCCGGGCGCGUUCCCUGGCUCCCUCUCAGAUCUAGUGGUGUCGUUUGAGAGUGUAAAGCAGAAAGCUCUACGGGUGCCGAACAAUGAUAACGUGCAUAAAAUGCUCGAGGGUGGAUAUUCGAGCAUGCCGCAACCACAAGAUACUGAGAAGCCCAAAUACUAUGUCCCGAGAACGCCUUACCAGACAGCGUCGUAUUACCCUCAGACACCGCAUCCUCUAUUGAGUACCCCUGCAAUAUUUUCGCAGUUGGAUGUAGAAACGUUGUUCUAUGUGUUCUACUUCCUCCCGGGGACAUAUCAUCAGUAUCUUGCGGCAAAAGAGCUGAAGCGCCAGUCCUGGCGAUUCCACGUGAAAUAUCUGACAUGGUUCCAGCGACACUCAGAGCCCCAGGCCAUAACGGAGGAGUACGAGCAAGGGGUGUACGUUUACUUUGACUGGGAAGGGUCAUGGUGUCAAAGGAAGAAGAGCGACUUCCGCUUCGAGUACCGCUAUCUCUCAGAAGAGUGAUCGCGAUUCUUCACUUUUCUUGACCUUUUAGGCCAAGGUGCUUUAUUCAUGUUUGACAUAUAUAUCAACCUCAUUGUAUCUCACAACAAAUGAGACGGACGCGCGAUUUUGUGAUUUUAUAUCGGU